CGGGUUUGAUCCCUGGUGGGGAAACUAAGAUCCUGCAUGCCAGAGCAGUCCAGCCAAAAAAAAAAAAAAAAGAUGGUAAACAUGACGACUAGAUCUAAUAUUCUGACAAGUAGUAAUAUGUAUGUUCAAAAUCCAAAUCUCUGAUUUUUUUUUUUGAUUUUUUUUUUAUCAAGGAGGAAGGCAGUACUGUAAAAUGUAGAAAUUUUAAAGUUCGUGGUUUGGAAUCAGAGGAUUUGGCUUUGAAUCCAGGCUCCACUUGUUAGAGCUUCAGCGACCAUUGACUAGUACCUUCUUUCUCCAAACUCAGUUUUUUAAAUUUCUAAAGAAUAGUGAUUUGCAUCUCAAUGGGUUUCGCGGAAAUUAAAAACGGUACGCUGUCCUAAUGCUUAGCACGGUACCAACAAUAAAUAGGCUUUUGUUGUUUUUGUUGUUGUUGUUAUUACUUAAGCCCUCCCCUUCCUGUCCCAAUAUGUCGAAAUUCCGCCUCGCUUGUUAGCUUAGCGCCUCCAAGAUCCUGAGCCAGUCUCGGUUCCGCUGCGUAGGUGCGGGUUCUCGGAAAUCAGCUGUUUCAGUCCCGAGCUAUUCUGUUCUUUGGACUCCUCCCUCCGCAGACACGGGGCAGGGCUUACUUGAGCUUUCCUACCAAUCGCUGCAGCUAGAGGUGUGGUUUCGGCUUCUCUUGUCCCGCCUCGCGGAGAAGGAGGAGUUGUGGUGGCGCCAAUAGAACUCACAGCCUGGGGAAGAGGUUGGCUGAAUGGCAGCCAGUGUCGGGGCGCCUCUAUGGGAAUGGCGAGUUCCGGGGUUCAGCCGCUCACUCAAGCCUGUGGCAAGGGGGCGGGUUCCAGAGGCGGGCCGAAGCCGAGGGCGGCGCGGGAGGCUCUGGUGCCGGAGCUCUCUCUGGGGACCGGAAGCCUGGACCAGAGCUACUGGAGGGAGCGGGGGCUGAGACUCUAACCAGGCUCAGACCCCAAAUGGCGCAGUGGGAGAUGCUACAGAAUCUUGACAGCCCAUUUCAGGAUCAGCUGCACCAGCUCUAUUCAAAUAGCCUCCUGCCGGUGGACAUUCGACAGUACUUGGCUGUCUGGAUUGAAGAUCAGAACUGGCAGGAAGCUGCACUGGGCAAUGAUGAGGCCAAGGCUAAUAUGCUGUUCUUCCACUUCUUGGACCAACUGAACUAUGAGUGUAGCCGCUGCAGCCAGGACCCUGAGUGUUUGUUGCUACAGCACAACUUGCGAAAAUUCUAUCGGGACAUUCAGGCCUUUCCCCAGGGCGCUACCCAAUUGGCUGAGAUGAUCUUUAAUCUCCUUCUGGAAGAAAAAAGAAUUCUGACCCAGGCUCAGAGGGCUCAGUCGGAGCAAGGAGAGCCAGCCCUUGCAGCAUCUGGGGAGAGCCAGCAGCAUGAGAUUGAAUCGCGGAUCCUGGAAUUAAAGGCUAUGUUGGAGAAGCUGGUGAAAUCCGUCAGCCAACUGAAAGACCAGCAGGAUGUCUUCUGCUUCCGAUAUAAGAUCCAGACCUCAGCGAGGACACCCUCUUUGGACCCCCAUCAGACCAGACAGAAGGACAUUCUGCAGGAAACGCUCAAUGAACUGGACAGAAGGAGAAAGGAGGUGCUAGAUGCCUCCAAAGCACUGCUAGGCCGAUUAACUACCCUAAUUGAGCUACUGCUGCCCAAGCUGGAGGAGUGGAAAGUUCGGCAGCAGAAAGCCUGCAUUGGAGGCCCCCCGGAUGGAGGGUUGGAGCAGUUGGAGAAGUGGUUCACAGCUGGAGCAAAGCUGUUGUUUCAUCUGCGGCAGCUGCUGAAGGAGCUACAGGGAUUGAGUCACAUGGUCACCUAUCAGGGGGACCCUCUGAUCGAAGGGGUGGAUCUGCGGAAGGCCCAGGUCACAGAGCUGCUACAGCGCCUGCUCCACAGAGCCUUUGUAGUAGAAACCCAGCCCUGCAUGCCCCAAACUUCCCAUCGACCCCUCAUCCUCAAGACUGGGAGCAAGUUCACCGUCCGAACAAGGCUGCUGGUGAGACUCCAGGAAGGCAAUGAGUCACUGACUGCAGAAGUCUCCAUUGACAGAAAUCCUCCUGAAUCACAAGGCUUCCGGAAGUUCAACAUUCUGACCUCAAACCAGAAAACUUUGACUCCUGAGAAAGGGCAGAGUCAGGGCUUAAUUUGGGACUUUGGCUACCUGACGCUGGUGGAGCAGCGUUCAGGUGGUUCAGGAAAGGGCAGCAAUAAGGGGCCGCUGGCCGUGACAGAGGAACUGCACAUUAUCAGCUUCACAGUCAGAUACACCUACCAGGGUCUGAAGCAGGAACUGAAAACGGACACCCUUCCUGUGGUGAUUAUUUCUAACAUGAACCAACUCUCAAUUGCCUGGGCCUCGGUUCUCUGGUUCAAUCUGCUCAGCUCAAACCCCCAGAAUCAGCAGUUCUUCUCCAGCCCCGCCAAGGCCCCCUGGGACUUGCUGGGCCCUGCUCUCAGUUGGCAAUUCUCCUCCUACGUUGGCCGAGGCCUCGACUCAGACCAGCUUGGCAUGCUGCGGGACAAGCUGUUUGGGCAGAACUCCAGGACUGAGGGUGCCUUGUUGUCCUGGGUCCAUUUCAUUAAGCGAGAGAGCCCCCCUGGCAAGCUACCAUUCUGGACAUGGCUCGACAAAAUUCUGGACCUGGUACAUGACCACCUGAAGGAUCUCUGGAACGAUGGACGCAUCAUGGGCUUUGUGAGCCGGAGCCAGGAGCGCCGGCUGCUGAAGAAGACCAUCUCUGGCACCUUUCUGCUGCGCUUCAGUGAAACGUUGGAAGGGGGCAUUACCUGCUCCUGGGUGGAACACCAAGAUGAUGAUAAGGUGCUCAUCUACUCUGUGCAGCCCUUCACCAAGGAGGUGCUGCAGUCACUCCCGCUGACCAAAAUCAUCAGCCAGUACCAGCUGCUCACUGAGGAGAACAUACCUGAGAACCCACUGUGUUUCCUCUACCCACGAAUCCCCCGGGAUGAGGCUUUUGGGUGCUACUCCCAGGAAAAAGUUAAUCUCCAGGAACGGAAGAAAUACCUGAAACAUAAGCUCAUUGUGGUCUCUAACAGACAGGUGGAUGAGCUGCAACAACUGCCGGAGCUUAAGCUGGAGCCAGAACUGGAGUCAUUAGAGCUGGAUCUGGGGCUGGCACCAGGGCCAGAGCCAGGGCCGGGCCUGGGCUUAGAGCCACUGCUGGAGGCAGGGCUAGAUCUGGGGCCAGCACUGGAGUCCACUCUGGAGCCCGUGCUGGAGCCCACUCUGGAGCCCGUGCUGGAGUCCAUUCUGGAGCCCACACUGGAGUCCAUUCUGGAGCCCUUGCUGGAGCCCACACUAGGCGAGGUGUCACAGAGAGUCCCAGAGCCAAACCUGGGACCAGGACUGAAGCUGGAGCCUAUUCCAGAGCCUAUUUCACAGCCACUGCCAGAGCCGGAUUUGCCCCAUGAUCUGAGACACUUGAACACUGAGGACAUGGAAAUCUUCAGAAACAGCAGGAAGAUUGAAGAAAUCAUGCCAAAUGGUGACCCACUGUUGGCUGGCCAGAACACCAUGGAUGAAGCUUACAUCUUCCCUCGCAGCCAUUUCUACACAGAUGGGCCCUUGAUUCCUUCUGACUACUAGAAACUACAUUUUCUCUGUUCUUUCCAUAUAUUUUGCCCCUCCUACCUCUCACAUCAUGAUGUUGCUCUACAAGGAUGGGAAAUCAGGCCUGUGCUCCUUCUAAACUGGGUUAACCGUGGGAUUUGGAGUGAGAGGUAGAAGCAUAAUAUGGGUAAGGAACAGGCACCAAUGAAUCAGAACAGAUGUUACCCAUAGCUCCAGCUGGGAGCCUGGAGGCUGCCUGCUGUGCUGGGAGGUAUAGGAAUUUGAGGGCAGGCCAGAACAGUUAGGAGGUACUUGGAGGGCUCAGGGCAGUGGCUUCUUUCCAGUAUGGAAGGCUUUCAACAUUUUAGUAGCUGAUAAGACUAACCUGGUGCCUACUUCAUCUUCCUGGAGUGCCCUUUCCGCUCAAAACAGCUCUGACUUCUGAUCCUGCAGUGAUUCAGAACUCCUGUCUUUGGCCAAAUACACUCUUGGCCAGGAAAGCAGGGAAGGAAGCCCUGGGUCAGAGAGCAAGAGAGGGCCACACUUAGGACCCCCACUUCCUAAUCACAGUCCCUUGUAAUCUCAUUCAGCUUGCUUAGCCAUGUAGGGAUUAAGGCCAAAAAGAUCACAGUUACUGUAUAUACCAAGGGGUCAUGAGGAAAGAUCCCUCUCCACCAUAGCCCUGCAGAGUAGAAGGAUGCAUUUUGUAGUCCUUUGGCCCUGUUUUUCCAUUCUGUUUCUUUUUACUAACAAGCCUAGAAAUUAGACUUAGAUAUCCACAUAAAUAAGUCUUUAUUGAAAAAAGUGCAUAAUUCAGUAUAAAUAUAAUAAAUAAUCCUCCUCCCCAAACUGCUGCCACGAUGAUAAAUAAUCCCAAAAUUUCCCUUCCCAUGUAAUAAAUAUUCAGCCUGUUCUAGGUCAGCAUCAUAAGUCAGUCAGUAUUGGUAAUUUUUCAACAGAGCAAGUCCUGUUAAAAUUAAUGGACUGAUUAACUUGUUGGCUCACAGGUGUCUAGGCUGAUAAAUUCAUCUUAGCAUUGCUGAGCCGUGGAGGUCUGGGUGCCGUCCUUAAGCUGCUGGCUUAGGGGCUCAGAGUUGCUGCUCCAUGGGCAAAGACCCUGGCAGCUACAGCCACAAAGGCCUGGAGGCUGCGAAGGAUCUUGAGACGGAGAAGGAGGCGCUGCCACGGCUGGCUGGGACUGGGGCUUGGAGUCUGCUCAGUCUCCCAGUGGUGACCCUCGGGCUGAAAGGACACAGGACACAAUCAGAGAGGACUCUAGAUCCUUCACUCCCCCGCCAGGCUCUGUCUCUGACACCUGCAAGCCCCACUCCUCCAGGCCCCUAGUUCAUACCUGCAAGAGUUCCCUGAGGCCCAGUAGGGAGUCAUGAAGCUGGCCCACAGGGCCAUCGGGGAGUAGAGAAGGCUCCCCUGUGAAAAUAUCUGAGCCCAGCAGCUUCUCAUAAAAAACCAGGCCUUGGUGGAUCCUUUGCAAGCAGGACUGGGGAGAAAAGAAAGCAGUGAAAGAAAACAGAUACAGGGACUUCCCUGGUGGUCCAGUGGUUAAGACUCCGUGCUUCCACUGUAGGGGGCAUGGGUUUGAUCCCGGGUUGGGGAACUAAGAUCACACAUGCCGCUCAGCGCAGCCAAAAAAACACACCAAAAACAAAAAAUAGGGAGAGG